AUGAAAGAGUCGGGCCCGCUGGCUGCUGCAGGACUGGAGGAGGCGCGGCCCGAUUCUUUGGGUUGUGCACUUGCGCCCAGCGCCGCCGCAUCUAUCACCAAUAAUCAUCACAACAACAACAAUAAUAAUAAUAAUAAUAAUAAUAACACAAACAGCAAUAGCAACAGCGUUGCAUCAUCUAGCCAGGUGUGCCCAGGUCUGGUGGUGACGACUGUCAACGCGGUUGGCCAGGCUCCAACGGGGGGAUCGGGUCGUUCGGGUGAUCCCACCAAUUUCGAAUACGAAGAUUCUGAAUGGGAUGUGGGCAUUGGCAAUUUGAUCAUUGAUUUAGACGCCGACAUUGAAAAGAAUAAUACGGGCACCACCACCGCCGCCGCCGCCGCUGUGAGUAGUUCAUCUCUGAAAGGCAAUCAACAACAAGGUUGCGGCGCCGGAAUGCCAAGCGGAACAAGUCCGAACAGUGGAGCGUCAGCUACGACGUCUAGCAGCUCAUCGGCCAGUGCUACGACAACAAACAAUCAGGCCGUCGCGACGGCCGGCUCGACGGCCACACUCAAAACGAGUGCUGUCGUCCAGGGUGGCACUAGCAACGGCGCCACGGGGAAGAUGGCAGCAGCUGUUCACUCGGCUACGGUUGAACCAGGUUUAAAAAUGAAGAUUAAACGGACGAAACCAGGUCCGGGCACACGAUCCUCUGAAACGAAACACGAAAUUGUGAAAAGUUCCGAUGCUAAUAGUUCGACCAGCGGCGCAGUGCAACAACCUGCAACUGGGCCGACAGUGUCGUCUGCUGCGAUCGCUUCGCCAACCACCACCGUCACAGCUGCAGGGCCGACAGCCACGUCUGCCGUCACGGCCGUCCGUCCUCAGCUGGCCGGCCCCAACAACAACAACAACCACACCAGCAGCAACAACAACAACAAUAAUAAUAACAAUAACAACAAACGUGGACCCUCGGCAGCCAAUCACAAGAGAGACAAGUCCAGGGAGAAAGUGGCUGCCCCUCCAGCUGUUAAAAUGCCACCUGGCAGUGCGUCGGUUGGCAGCACGUCGACCACCACGGCGGCCGUCACUGUUACAGCCACGGCCACCGUGGCCGGAAUGAUGACGACAUCAUCGGGAGUCACGGUGACGCCGGUGACGGUUUCCGGAGGUGGAUCGCCGGCCUCUUUACGAGCCGCCAUGGUCGUCCCUUCGUCCGCCACGAGCAGUUUAACAGUCACGCCCGUUGUUGUUGUGGGACCUGGUGGCGUGUUGCCCAGCAGUCGAACGCCGCCACUUUCCACUGUCGUUCUUCCGCCAUUAGGAAUGACCAAUGGCACUGCAGGGCCGCCCACUAAUGGAUCCAGUCCAACGUACGGCAACAGUAUAGGAUCGCCUGUCACAGUCACGCCAGUUGGGGCUUCUGCUGCUGCCGUUUUACUCAAUAACCUGGCCGGCCCAGGACGUCCAGAUGCUCUCAUUGUCAGUGGAGCAAACAAGACGUCGGCCGGUCUAAUGACGUCCACAUGUACAGAACCGCCAAGUCCACCCGCCAAAAAAUGGCGCGCCUCUAGCCAUCUAGCGUCGGAUAAAGUUACGGAUCCGAGUCUUCCGCCAGCGGCUCUGUCGGCCGGCAGCACCGUGACGGCCACAAACCGCAGCGUGACUCUAUUGGCUGUGACACCUCCCAGUGCCGGAUUGCUGGUCAAUGGCCACAACCCGAUGAUGUCCGUCACUUCUUCUAGUCCCAGUGCGGAUGGCUCUCCAUGCUCAUCCCAUUCAACAUCCUGCUCAUCGUCGCUGGUCGUCUCCAGAGCGGAUGCUUGUGUAGGCACGGCCAGUGCCUCGACGAUGACCGAACCCGAGUGCCUGGGACCUUGUGAACCUGGCACUGCUGUUACCUUAGAAGGCAUCGUCUGGCAUGAAACAGAAGGAGGUGUUUUGGUCGUGAAUGUCACGUGGCGAGGUAAAACAUAUGUUGGCACACUGAUGGAUUGUACGAAAAAUGACUGGGCACCGCCAAGAUUCUGCGAUUCACCGACAAGUGACGCCGAGUCUCGCGCACCCAAAGGCCGGGCGAAAAGAGGGCGCGGAGCUACGAGCACGCCAGUGCCGACGAGCGGCGCUGGUGGGAUCGGAAUCGCUGGAUUGGCCGAUGCUUCCCUCAGUCCGAUGCACAGCAAAUUGCGUAACGGCGCCAAAGGACGUCGCGGUGUUGGCGGAGGCAACACCGCCGCCGGAAUAGCGGCACCGCCCAGUCCAGCCAAGGAAGUGUUGACAUCGGGCGGCAAACGUAAAGGCAGCAGCGGCAGCGCAAGUGGCAACGGCGUCAAAAAUGCGGACGACGCGUCCAACGGCAGCGCCAACAAACGAAGUCGUUCCAGCUCGAGAGGAGCUGGAUCUUCCAGCCCGUCGAUGGAACCUCCAGCCGCCGUGUCGACGGCCCCUUCGCCGAUGCUGAUCGAAUGUCCGGAACCGAAUUGCUCCAAGAAGUACCGUCACAUCAACGGCCUCAAGUAUCACCAGUCGCACGCUCACGGAGGCGUCAGUAGCGUCGGCGCCACCAACGGCGGCCCUUCCGUUGCGGCCGAAGCGGCUUUCGAUGAGGAUUCCAAUCAGGACGUACCUCUCACCCCAACCAAGAAUGGCAAAGAAGUGCCUGCCGCGACGCUGCCGCAACCGGCCGAAGAGGCCAUGGAAGUGGCUCCUUUCACCGGUAAAGUGCCGAUGCCUCCGCCGCCAGAGGCUGCCUCGCCUCUCAGCAUUGCCGUCGGCGUAGCGGCCGCAUCGGCAGAUGCCGUCACUUCGCCGCAGAAACCUCCAAAGCCGAGCAGUCCCAGGCUUCCGGCACCUAGUCCCGUCCUUCCGGCAUCGUCGUCCCCGUCUGUGAUACAGCCCGACGCCCCUCUGACCGUGGCCAAUGGAUCCAACAAGCCGGCCGUUGAUCAUCUCUUCACUCCCAUCGUCACUCAACCCGUCAACGCGGUGACAUCCACCACGACGGCCACGUCGUCGUCGUCGACGACGUGGACCACGCUGACGCCCAAUCCGCGCAGUCCGGCCAUGGCCGUCGCGACCGGCACGCCCAAAAUGGCGGGCUCCGAUACGGAAUCGGUCGAGCGGAAGGAAAGGUCCAAGCACAAGAAGAAGAGCAAAGAUAAGGACCGUGAUCGGGCCGACAGGAGGGACCAUUCGGCCAAGAAAUCGCCCGCAGCCAUGACAGUGACGGCCAAUGGGUCGUUGUAUCACACGAUGAUGCCGGCCGUGGCUAAUCCGUCCAGUCCGAUCUCUGCCGCGCUUGGCGGUGCAGAUCCUGCCGCUGUCGGCUCCGUGGGCGCUUCUUCCGCCAUUGCGGGGACCAACGGCCCCACAGCCACCGAUUCCAGCCGGGAAGAUGUCCAGAGUCCAGCCUAUUCGGACAUUUCGGACGCCAACGAUCAGUCACCUUCGCUCCUCGACGCCGAGUUGUUGGAGAGCAAAAAGGUGGCGGAGAAAUUGGCGGCCGACGCGGCCGCUUGUCUUCCACCUGUGGCCGGCCCAGGGACGGGGCCUGCUGUCCAUCCCACUUUGGGCUCGUUCAGCAUGUACCCGUAUUAUGGCCAGCCGGCGUUCCUGCCGCCCGCGGCGGCCGACCAACAACAACCACCACCACCACCACCAGCAGCCGGCAAAGUGCUCGUCAAGCCCGAAGAGCGCAGAGAGGAUGCGGCCAUUAAAGCCAUUCAGCCUCAGGCGCCGUUACCUGCAGCGCCGCCGCCUUCGUUGCCGGCCGGCGGCAGCAGCAGCAGCAGCAGCAGCGCUAGCCAUCCCGGUCCAGGUGCUAUUUAUCAACCGCCGUACGGAUUCAUCCCGCCUUAUCCGGCCUAUCCAAUGGAUCCGGUCAUGAUCGAUCCCAGUGCUGCCACCGCCUCCGCCGCCAUCGCCAUCAGAUCGACCAGCAAAACGCCGGACCAAGGAGGGCUGGGAAUUCCGCCCGCCCAUUCGCCGCGGAGGAUCGACUCGAGUCCAGGCCGCAAAGACGACAAGAAGCCCCCCAUGGGCAUGUCUGGCGUUCCAGUGCCGCCGGUUAAGAGUGAUCCGUCCGUUCUUCCAUCCAUGGUCGGCGUUCCAGCGAAGGAUCCCAUGAAAGAAGAAAUGAAGAAACUUGCACCGACGGCGCCUAUGGAUAAGAUUCUUCCUCCUUCGUCUUUGCAACUACCCGGCCCCAUCGGCCCGGCUGGUCCCGGUCCGCUAGGUCCACCGGGUAUGCCUGGUGCUGGACCACCGGGUCCCGGUGCUUUCGAUCCGGCAAUGCUGUACCAACAACAACAACAACGGCAGCAUCAAGAGGAACUGCGUCGUUUCUAUAACGUUUACGGUGGCGACGAUCCGAUGCUUGGGCCAGGCCCUGGCCCGCCCGGUAUGAGCAUGUUCCAGCCUCCAAUGAACUCGCCCGGUUCUGGAGGACCACCCGGACCAGGUUGGAUGGUCAAUGGCCCCAAAGGUUCGCCUUUAGAUCCCCAGCAACCGCCAACGCAACAGCAGAUGAUGCACCAGCAGCAGCAGCAGCAACAACAACAGCAGCAGCAACAGCAACAACAUCAGCACAACCAGCAACAGCAGCAAUUGCAGCAGAUUCAACAUCACAUUCAACAGCAGCAACAAAUCCAACAGCAGCAACAGUUUCAGCAGCAAUUGCAGCAUCAGUUGCAACAACAUCAGCUCCAGCAACACCACCAGCAACAACACAACCAGCAGCAGAUGCAGCAACACAUUCAAAAUCAGGCCAUUCACCAACAUCUUCAGCAGCAACAUCAACAACAGCAGCAGCACCAACAGCAGCACCAACAGCACCAGCAGCAUCAACAUCAGCAGCAACAACAACAACAACAGCAACAACAACAACAACAACAUCAUCAAUCGCGCAAAUCUUCAGCUUCAUCGAAAUCAUCGUCGUCGAUGCCCAGCUCGGCGUCGAGCCCUAAAUUGCGGCCGCCGUCCGUCGACCGGAAACAGGAGCAAAGGGACAAGGAGCAGCAAAGACCCAACGAAAAGAUUUCGGAAGGAGUCAAACCGACGAUGGAAACUCAAGGACCUCCGCCUCCGCCUGGACCUCCGCCAGGUGCCGGCCUGUCGCCUUACGGCAUGUACCCCAACUUGUACCCGUACGGAUUGCCGUUCGAUCCGUCGCAUCCGGCCUAUCGGAACACGAUGGCCACGAUGCUGGGCAGUUCGCCUCACAAUCCGUUCGGUCCUGACCCGAGGAACGGUCCGUCUCCCUUCGGCAUGCCGCACCAUCCGCACCAGCUGUCGCCGGCCGGAAUGCGGGGCUACCCGUCGGGUCCGGCGGGAUUUGCCGGACCUUCGGGCGAGGAUUUGAGUCGAGCGCACGCGCUGGAAAUGCUUCAGCAUCAAGCCAAUCAGUACUACGCCUCGUUGGCCGGUCCACCUCCCCCGUCGUCUGUCCAGCAAGGCGGCGGACCACCGGCCAGUUCAGGUCCUCCCUCCGGCCCCGGUUCGCAGCAGUCGCAAUCGCAGCAGCACAAAAUUCACGAGCUGGCCGAACGGGCCAUGAAGUCACCGCCUGCCUCUCCAGCUGUCGGACACGGCGACAAGGGCCAAAUGCCGAUGGGUUCGGCCGGUCUCGGCCUAGCUCCUCCCAAUUCGUCGACCACGCCCACCGGUCCCGGCCCCAUGGGUAAGAUGUCGAUGAACAUGGACCGUCGCUCUCCGUCGAUGGGUCCCAACAAUCCGUCGCGAUCUUUACUCAAUCCGGGGGGCCCACCUGGACCUCCGCCCUUGCCGCCAUCUUCUGCCGGAUUCCUCCCGCCUUCGCUAGCCGCUUCAAAUCAUCAUCAGUAUCCGCCUUCCGGCUCGCCCUAUGGCGGCCCUAAACCUUUGCUUCGACCCUAGAUUUCAAACACAAAAAUAAUAUCAUCAUUAUUAUUACUAAUAUUAUUAUUAUUAUUAUUAUAUAUCGAUUAUCGUCAUCCUCCGUGUUAGCUACUAUCGCCCGCACGCACGCAAGUGAUCUCUUUCUCUCUCUCUCUCUCUUUUUUUAUUUCCCCCCCCCCUUCGCUUUCGGUCUACGUCUUCUUUAUCACGCUGCCUAUACACACACACACACGUGCGCGUGCGCGCGCGCGCGUACACACCUCGUCCUCUCCGCGCAAGCGCCUGUACAGCAUCCAUUUCGCUUAUUAUAUAUUUUUCCGAGUGUGUCGUUGUUGUUGUGUAAAGAUAGGAUAUCCAGGGAGCCAUUCGCGCGUGUGUGUGUGUGUGUGUGUAUUUGUAUUUAGGGAUCUUCUUCUUUUUGCGCAAUUUCAUUUAAGUAAAAGAUAAGAAAUGGAAAAAAAAAAAAUAAUAAUAACAAAAAUAGUUUUUGUUGUUGUUUGCGUUUUCUCACCUUUGUGAUAUACCUCUCCCUGCGUUGGGCGCGCUCUUAUCAAAAAUGAUUGAAAAAUCGAUUUCUCGUUCUUUUUCUUAAAAAAAAAAAAAAUCAACUUGCGAAUUGGAUUUUUUUUUUUAAAUAAGGAAAUUAAUUCGCGUUAUGCUCCUCACCCCAAUUCUUGAUGACAAAACUCAUUCGGUGGCGGCCUCUUAUUUCUUUAUCGUCUUUCUAAUUUAAAAGAAAAAAUGAAACAAAUAAUAAUUGAUGCAAACAAAAUGUCGACGAACAGCUGCAUAACGUAGAAUUUGAAAUGUGUCUCCGAUUUAAAAAAGAAAAACGGGCCUGUUUAUCCUCAUGCGUUUCUCGUGUACAAAACGUAAUAAUAAGUUUGCGAAAAAAAGAAAAAAAAAAAUUCAUGAUUUUCCAGUCGGGAGUAUUUGAUUGUGCGCGCGCACGCGUGUUGCCAUGUUUCUUUUUUGUCAAUUCAUCAAUUGUAUGUCUUAUGUAAAACACAGGAAAUUCCCCCCUUUUUUUUUUUUCUAGUGCGUUUUUUUAAAUUUUUCUUGUCGAUAACGCGCAACAUUUUGCCACGACAAAUGUUGGAUUUCUUUAAAUAUGACAUUACAAUGUGUGCUCUGUGUGUGAUUCUUAAUGCCGCGCCUCGCUUCUUCUCCCCUUUCGUAAUUUUAUUUUUUUUGUGUGUGUGUGUCAAAAUCCGGGAAUAACGUAAAAGAAAAAAACAAAAAACAAUUUUCAUGUCCCCAAUGUGUUUUAGUUUCAUUUAUUUUUAAAAAAUAUUUUUUUUUUAUUUCACCGGCGUCGUCAUUUUAUCCUCCCUGUUGAUAUCGCGUCCUGACUCCUCCUCAUCACCGCAAAUUAACCCACCCUUUUUUUUUUUCGGUGUGUGUAUUUUUAUUUUUUUUUUAAACUUCCCGCCCCCCUCGUACGCUUGUUAAAUAUGAUUGAAAAAAAAAAAUUCACACCAUCAACCACACAAAAUACAAUCAAGAAUUUUUGGAAUCAUUCCAAUUAAA